AUGGCGCCUUCCGUGCGCCCCUCGACCCGGCCGCGGCCGCCGGGGAUGCUGCUGCCGCUCCUGCCGCCGCCGCCGCUGCUACUGCUGCUGCUCGUGGGCUGCGUUCCAGGAGUGUGGAGCUUUAGUGAACUGUUUUUUGUAAAAGAACCCCAGGACGUAACUGUCACGAGAAAGGACCCAAUUUUUUUAGAUUGUCAGGCUCACGGAGAAGUUCCCAUUAAGGUCACUUGGUUAAAAAACGGAGGAAAAGUGUCUGAAAACAAACGGAUCCACGUUCUUUCUAACGGCUCCUUGUACAUCAGCGAGGUGGAAGCCGGCCGGGGAGAGUCCUCCGACGAAGGGUUUUAUCAGUGUCUGGCGGUGAACAAGUAUGGGGCCAUCCUCAGUCAGAAAGCUCACCUCACCUUGUCAACCAUUUCUGCAUUUGAAGUUCAGCCAGUUUCUACUGAAGUCUGUGAAGGUGGAGUUGCCCGGUUUGCAUGCAAGAUUUCAUCCAACCCUCCAGCCGUGAUAACCUGGGAGUUUAAUCGGACAGCUCUGCCGCUCACCACGGACAGGAUAACUGCCCUACCUACGGGAGUGCUGCAGAUCUACGACGCCGGCCAGGUGGAUGCUGGCACUUACCGCUGUGUGGCCACUACUGCAGCGCACAAGCGGAAGAGCAUGGAAGCCUCUCUCACAGUGAGUCCAGCUAAGGAGUCUAAACCCCUGUACACACCAGCCAUCGUGGCGGGCCCGCAGAACGUGACGGCAUCUCUUCACCAGACGGUCGUUUUAGAAUGUAUGGCCACAGGAAAUCCCAAACCAAUCAUUUCUUGGAGUCGCCUUGAUCACAGGUCCAUUGAUGUCUUCAACACCCGGGUACUCGGCAAUGGUAAUCUCAUGAUCUCUGAUGUCAGGUUGCAACACGCUGGAGUAUAUGUUUGCCGGGCCACCACCCCAGGCACCCGCAACUUUACAGUUGCCAUGGCAACCCUGACUGUACUAGCUCCUCCCUCCUUUGUGGAAUGGCCAGAAAGUUUAACAAGACCCCGGGCUGGCACUGCGCGGUUUGUGUGUCAAGCCGAAGGAAUCCCCACACCAAAAAUGUCGUGGCUGAAAAACGGGAGAAGGAUCCAUUCAAACGGCAGGAUCAAAAUGUACAAUAGUAAAUUGGUAAUUAAUCAAAUUAUUCCUGAAGAUGAUGCUAUUUAUCAGUGCAUGGCUGAGAACAGCCAGGGAUCCGUCCUGUCCCGGGCCAGGCUCACCGUCGUGCUGUCAGAAGACAGGCCCAGCGCCCCCUACAACGUGCACGCCGAGACCAUGUCAAGCUCCGCCAUCCUGUUAGCCUGGGAGCGGCCGCUGUACAACUCGGACAAGGUCAUUGCCUACUCCGUGCACUACAUGAAGGCCGAAGGUUUAAAUAAUGAGGAAUAUCAAGUGGUCCUUGGGAAUGACACAACUCAUUACACCGUUGAUGACUUGGAGCCGGCCAACAAUUACACCUUCUACAUUGUGGCUUACAUGCCAAUGGGGGCCAGCCAGAUGUCUGACCACGUCACACAGAACACCCUAGAGGAUGUUCCCCUGAGGCCUCCUGAAAUUAGCUUGGCGAGUCGAAGUCCCACGGACAUCCUCAUCUCCUGGCUGCCAAUCCCAGCCAAGUACCGGCGAGGCCAGGUGGUGCUCUAUCGCCUGUCCUUCCGCCUGAGUUCAGAGAGUUCCAUCCAAGUGCUGGAGCUCCCGGGGACCGCGCGUGAGCACCUCCUGGAAGGCCUGAAGCCCGACAGUGUCUACCUGGUCCGCAUUGCCGCGGCCACGCGAGCGGGGCUGGGGGAGUCGUCAGUGUGGACUUCCCACAGGACACCGAAAGCUACGAGCGUGAAAGCCCCCAAGGCUCCAGAGCUGCAUCUGGAGCCCCUGACCUGCACCGCCAUCUCUGUGACGUGGGAGCAAGAAGCCGAGGACCUGGGAACCAUCCAAGGCUACAAGCUCUUCUACAGAGAGGAGGGGCAGCAGGAGAAUGGACCGAUUUUCCUAGACACUGGCAACCUUCUGUAUACGCUCAGUGGCUUGGACCCCAGAAGAAAGUAUCACGUGAGGCUGCUGGCUUACAACGACGUGGAAGAUGGCUACCAGGCAGACCAGACCGUCAGCACCCCGGGAUGCGUGUCUGUCCGCGAUCGCAUGGUCCCUCCUCCGCCGCCACCGCACCAUCUCUACGCAAAGGCCAACUCCUCGUCUUCCGUCUUCCUGCACUGGAGAAGGCCUGCGUUCACCACCGCGCAGCUCAUUAACUACACCGUCCGCUGUAACCCCGUGGGCCUGCAGAAUGCCUCCCUGGUUCUGUACCUGCAAACAUCAGAAACUCACAUGCUGGUUCAAGGGCUGGAACCGAACACCAAGUAUGAGUUUGCUGUCCGGCUGCAUGUGGACCAGCUCUCCAGUCCCUGGAGCCCUGUAGUCUACCACUCCACACUUCCAGAAGCGCCCUCAGGUCCCCCAGUGGGAGUAAAGGUGACACUGAUUCAGGACGACACUGCCCUGGUUUCCUGGAAACCGCCCGAUGGCCCAGAGACAGUUGUGACACGCUACACCAUCCUUUAUGCUUCCAGAAAGGCCUGGAUAGCGGGAGAGUGGCAGGUUCUGCACCGAGAAGGGGCAAUAACUAUGGCUCUGCUGGAAAACCUGGUGGCAGGAAAUGUUUACAUUGUCAAGAUAUCUGCGUCCAAUGAGGUGGGGGAAGGACCCUUUUCAAAUUCUGUGGAGCUGGCGGUGCUUCCAAAGGAAACUUCCGAAUCUAACCAGAGGCCCAAGCGUCUAGAUUCUGAUGCCAAAGUUUAUUCGGGCUAUUAUCACCUGGACCAGGAGUCAAUGACCGGCGUUGCGGUGGGCGUCGGCAUAGCUUUGACCUGCAUGCUCGCCUGCGUGUUCAUCUUGAUAUACAGGAGUAAAGCCAGGAAAUCAUCUGCUUCCAAGACAGCUCGGAAUGGAACUCAGCACUUACCCCGUGCCAGUGCCUCCACGGCCAUGGGGGGUGAAGGAGGAAAGAGUCUGGCCAGAGCUGCAGGGAACCAAGAGCCAUUGACGCCAGACAGCUUCAUCGAUGCAAAGGGAGGAACUGACCUGAUAAUUAAUAGCUAUGGUCCUAUAAUUAAAAACAACACUAAGAAAAAAUGGCUUUUUUUCCAAGACACUAAGAAGACAAAAGUUGAGCAGCCUCGGAGGAAGUUCGCGGGCGCCGUCUGCCUGUACCUGCCGGGCACUGCCGUGUUAAUGGGCGACGAGGACCCCCCGAGCCCCCCGGGCCAGACCUCCGCCUUCCCAAGACCCUUCGUGGUUUCCACCGACACGGAGCAUUCAGCCAACAGCGAAGGCAGCCACGAGACGGGGGAUUCGGGCAGGUUCUCCCACGAGUCCAACGACGAGGUCCACCUGCCCUCGGCCACCAGCGCCCCGGCCCCGGCCCCGGCCUCUCCCUGCCUGCGUGGCGGGGACCCCGGGGACCCCGCGAUGGGCGCCGGCCACGGCCCCCUGUAG